UGCCUCUUGUGUGAUACCGGCAGUUUCGAGCGAGUCCUGCCGGUGAGCGUUCGUACGGGCCGAGUGAGCGAGCGAGCGGGGCUACUUCCCUCUCGUCGUCCGGUGGCAGAUAUAUCGGGUGCGUCGUUCCUCCAGUUGCCCGCGGGUUGCCUCCAAAGCGGAGCGUGCAAUAUACGGACGGCCGUACAGCAGUCUCGUCGAGCGCUUUUGCUUAUCGGCACGUUUCCGGGUUCGCGGGCGCGCGGGUGAAAAAUCAAGAUCGAGAAUCGAGAGAUCGGAUCGGGAGCCGGAUGACGCACCGUCUCAUCCGCGGGACCAUGUUCGCGCGGUCGAGGAACAGUAACGUCCUUUGAAGCACUUUUACGAUGCGUCUAUUCAAACGUUACACGGCCGAUACGAGCCCGCAGCUCGUUUCGGCUGUACCUAUAUCUCAAGACGUUGCGGCGACGAACAAUGCCGAGAGCAAUGCGUCCGAGAGAUCGGAGAAGAAAUCGAAGACAGACGACAGAUUGGACGAUAUUCUUCCAGUCAAAGAAGACACCGACGCGCAAAAAGAAUCGACGGACUCCUCUAUUCUGACUCGUAAAGGAAUCUCAACGUGGGGACGUAAGGUGGGUCGACGAUGGGAUCAAAUGAAGAGGUCGGACAGCUCCGAAUUGCUUUCGGUGCCGCGACGGCGACGACGGUGGAGCCCACAUCGGAAGAGCGGCUACGACGAAAUCUCGAACGAGAAAGAAAAUGGAAAUAGCGAGCUCCCGAGGCAAAAAAGAAUUCCCAGAGUAGAAUCGUUGAGAAACCUCUUUAGGACCGGCGGCGAUCAUUCUGCUAACGGCAAGAGUUCUACGAGAAGCGCGACGAUACAGGAGGAAGAUGUAAUCGUCAAUCAUUGUCCGAUGGAGAAGACUCUCAGCGAGGGAGCGAUCAGGAAGAUUCCGUUUCGAGGUAUUUGCCCGGAGAAUUUCGACGAUCGCGAGUUUGCCGGGAUCAAUCGGGAAGCGUUCCUCCGCCAAAAGAAACUGCAGCUGAGUCGUAGCAUACAGGAUCUUCAGGAGCAACAGCGGGUCUUGGAUUACAUACUCAAGAAUCACGAGAAGACGCGUCAGGGUGACGCGAGAGAAACGUCGGAGAACGUUGGAACGAGCGCGAAUCCGAAAUCCUCGGGGGAGGCGAAGAGCAGGACCGCGACGCGAGCGUCUGAUCACCAGUCCGCCAGCAAUACCAGUGCCAACGAAGCUAAAGGAAAUUCGUAUCCCCAGGGAUUGUCUCCCGGCUCGAUGACCGGUCUGGAAGAUCUACUGAGCAAUCUGCGCAUAGGUUGCGACGAGAGCGGGUACGAUUCGGACAGCACGCGAGCCGGCGCGGAUUCGCCGGACAGCGAGAAGUCGGCGGUGCCUCCCUUGUUGAAGCCGCGCAGCUUCUCGAUCACCUCGGACGAUUAUCGCGGCAUCGACCUGUCGCUACUCGAUGCAAGUGUCUCGCGGAAGAAGGACGAGGCGGCUACGGCGACCGAGGCACGCUCAUCGGAAACGGUCGCCCCGAAGGUCGAGAAGGAUAAUGCCGCUGACGCCGCUGUCGAUGCCGCGGCGAAAAAUCUCUCCUUCAAUGACUCGACCGUAACCCGAUCCACCACGUUAAUGUCGGAGGAGGACAACGACACGGACAGCUGCGACGAGGACACUUUUGCCGAUUUUCUGGAGUAUCAGCCGGAUUUGACGAGAAUCUAUUCCAAGGCGGAAGCGGAUCUCCUGCCGAAGUCACGCGAGGCUCUGAUGAAAGAAGUGUCCGCGACUUCCGCUCUGCUCGGCGAGGAUUUAACGAAACUCCGAGUGGUGGACCGUAACGACGUCGACGUUACGCUGCAAUGUGACGUGGCCGAUGCGCAUGGCGACGCCAAGAUGAAAGUUGACUCCGACGGGAGGAAGCCUUGUGUUACGCCGGAAAGUCAUGUUAACGUGUCUCAGAUGACGAAAUUUCAGAAUUUACUGAAGGACGAAUUUUGGAAAAAGUCCAAAGGUCGGAAAUGCUCGAGCCCAAGUGUAUUACACCUCUUGGAGCACGCCGCGUCCCCGUGCAAGGACAGUCCGCCGGCUAACAAAAUCCAUACCUUGUCCGACGCGAUGACCAACCCUUUGCGAUACUACAGCCCGAAGAGAUCGCGUUCCACUCUGGAGCUCGACACACUGGGCGUGACGAGGAACGCGACGAAGAAAGUGUUGACGAUGUCCUAUCCAGUCGCAUCCGUCAAGCCUGUCGCUGCCGCUAACAAGAUCCUGAUACGGCGUGAAUUGAAAACGAUGAAGCUGACGGUGGGCCACACGGCGGGUCUCGGUAUUUCGGUCGAACGGUGCGAGGCGGCCAGGCCAUUCUACGUGAUCGCCAAGAUGGAUCCCAACGGCGAGGCGGCCAGGUCGAGGCAGUUCCGCAUCGGCGACGAGAUCGUACGUGUCUGCGGGCGUAGGAUACGCGGCAUGUCGAUGGCGGAGGCGCGAAACGCCCUGCGGAGCUGCGUCGGCACGGUCGAGCUGCAGAUUGCGAGGGAACCGAACUCUGCCUACGGCGAGGAGAUCGGCGACACGUGGGGCAACGCCUUGACGCGAACGCGAAGCGAUCCCGACGCGUGGCUCUCGAAGAACAAGAGAACCGUUCCGUCAGCUCCCUCCGACGACGCGUCGUCCUCGACGAACGCUGGAAUCCCCUGCGCCAUUGACGACGCGACUGUCAACCUUCAAAAGAUGACGGGGAUGAAGAAGUUCCAGGUCGUGAGGAAACGAAGCGCCGAGACGCCCGCCGUUCGACGCGGAUCCAGUCUGUCCAUCGAUCUGUUGACGAUCUCGUUGGAGAAGGGCGCGCCGAAGAAACUGGGCUUCUCCAUCGUUGGCGGCGUGGACAGCAAUAAGGGACGCAUGGGUAUCUUUGUGAAGGAUAUUAUGCUCGGUGGACAAGCUGCGGAAGAAGGUACUCUGAGAGUGGGAGACGAAAUUUUAGCGAUCAACGGCGCCUCGUUCGACGGACUGACGCACGCCAAAGCGUUACAGAUGUUCAAGUGCGCCAAAGCCGGGAACUUGAUCCUUCACGUCGCCCGAAGAGAUCCAACGCAUAAACGGUUGUCACGCAAACCAUGCAAUUUAGAUUAAUGUUUAACUAUUAAUACGAUACGUCACACAGUCGAAGUCGUAUGAUUGCCUCGACAAAUUAACGAAGUCCGCCGACGAAUGAAACUAUUGCCAUUAUGGUCGUUAAUUAUAUUAUUAAUCUCGCUUCUAAAAACGUAACGAAUUACUACGAGAUGUUAUGAAAUUUUCAUGUUAUGAGAUUUCUAAACGUUCUGAGUUUGUUAAAUUAAAAGUUUACAUCUAAAUAUUUAAAAAUUUACGCUAAAAAAAUUAUAUUAUCAAUACUUUAUGUUCUGAACAUUUCAUGCAUUUCGGUUAGCAUAUUAACGUGCUUUCAAUAAUAUCUUGUAUGCAGAGGGGUAUGUACGUAGACCAUAAUUGAACUCUAAUUGUGAUAUCAAUUAUUUUCAUUAACGAAUAAUAUUCGUAACAACUGUCUUCUCUCAUAGAUCUUUUUGAUAAAUAAGAACAUUUUGCGUUAUAUAAUAUAUAUAAUAUUAAACUUGAACUCUGUCUAAAUAAGAUCUCAGAGAUAAGAUUAAUCCGUAUUUAUUUACGUUUUCAUAUAUCUCUUUUAUAUUCAAUUAAUCUAUCCUGUCUCAGAAAAAGAAGGGAUAAACUUUGCAGAAUAAUUAUUAAAUUAUAUUGCUAUUAAAUUUGCAUUUCUCAUUCGAAGCAUAUCUGUUUAGAUAUGAACGUUGUACUUUAACGUUAAAGAAAUGUUAAGUAAGAUAAUGAAGUAGAAUUAGUUAGUAAUAACGAUAUUGUGCUGCUUUAUUUAUAGUUUAUAGCCAUGUCCUGUUAGAUGUGGUACGCUAACAGCUUGGAAUAUGGUUCAACUUAACAGCAUCGUGGGAUUUAACAAAUGUUUUUAUUUAAAAAUAUAUUCUUGUGUAAAUCGACCUAUACACGAGCUACGAUUGAAAAAGCUAGUUAGUUGCAUCCGAAGGCACGAAAGUCAUCAACUGCGUAAUGUUACUACAAUAAUUAGUAAUUCUCGUUUAAGUUAUUUCGUUAAGAGACUGACAUUACGAAUGUCUACCUGCAAAAUGCUGUGAUAAUGAUUGUAGUCGCAUCGGCUGAUAUUAUACGAGUUGUAUAUUUAAUAAUAAAUAAUAAAUGUGAUUUUGUUAAAUAAAAA